CGUUAAAAUUCAAGUCCAAGUCAAAAUUUCGCCUUGGGAGGGAGAAGAAAAAAGAGGGAACGAUAAUGUCAGGUCGUGGGAAGGGAGGCAAAGGAUUGGGAAAGGGAGGUGCGAAGAGACACAGGAAAGUACUAAGAGACAACAUUCAAGGGAUCACGAAGCCGGCCAUUCGGAGGUUGGCUCGAAGAGGUGGAGUGAAGAGGAUUAGCGGUCUCAUUUACGAGGAAACGCGUGGCGUUCUCAAGAUUUUCCUUGAAAAUGUGAUCCGCGAUGCCGUCACUUACACUGAGCACGCUAGGAGGAAGACGGUUACUGCAAUGGAUGUAGUUUAUGCUCUGAAAAGACAGGGCCGAACUCUUUACGGCUUUGGAGGCUAACUUUUCUUUUACAAAAGCAGCUGGAUUUAGAUCUCGUUCCUUUUUUUGAAGGGGGGGGGGGGAUCAAGUAGCAUAAGUUGAUUUUUGAUUGAAAUCAUUGGCGUUUGUAUUGUCGGUUUCCUUGUUUGGCUUCUAAGAAAAUAUAGUAAGAAAGUAAAUUUGAAAAUGGAACUUUUUCUUGCAUUAA